GGAAGGAAAAGGUUUCUGGGAUUGAGAGGGCAGCUGCAUCCACAGGGAGGCACAGUCCCCCAGCUAAGGCUGAGAAGAGGCAGAGGAUGUAAGUGAAGCACCCAUAAGGGACCGUUCUCAUAUAGAGGAAACCCUGAUGCUGAAGGAGGACAAGCCAUCUGAUGACUUUUCAGGGGUGAUGCAGCGGUUGAGAAAGAUCUACCACUCUUCCAUCAAACCUCUGGAGCAAUCCUACAAGUACAAUGAACUGAGGCAGCAUGAGAUUACAGAUGGGGAGAUCACUUCUAAACCAAUGGUACUUUUCCUGGGACCGUGGAGUGUUGGCAAGUCUACCAUGAUAAAUUAUCUCCUUGGGCUCGAAAACACUCGUUACCAGCUUUACACAGGUGCUGAGCCCACCACUUCUGAGUUCACAGUCCUCAUGCAUGGCCCUAAGCUGAAAACUAUUGAGGGCAUCGUCAUGGCUGCUGACAGUGCUCGCUCCUUCUCGCCCCUUGAAAAGUUUGGCCAGAACUUCCUGGAGAAGCUGAUUGGCAUUGAGGUUCCUCACAAGCUUUUGGAGAGGGUCACUUUUGUGGACACACCGGGUAUCAUUGAAAAUCGCAAGCAGCAAGAACGAGGUUACCCUUUCAAUGAUGUGUGCCAGUGGUUCAUUGACAGAGCUGAUCUCAUCUUUGUUGUCUUUGACCCAACCAAACUAGAUGUGGGUCUGGAGCUGGAGAUGCUCUUUCGCCAACUAAAAGGCCGUGAAUCCCAAAUAAGAAUAAUACUGAACAAAGCUGACAAUCUGGCCACCCAGAUGCUCAUGCGGGUUUAUGGUGCCCUCUUUUGGAGCUUGGCCCCUCUCAUUAAUGUCACAGAACCCCCAAGAGUUUAUGUCAGCUCCUUUUGGCCCUACGACUACAAGCCUGACACCCACUGGGAGUUAUUCCUCAAAGAAGAAAUAUCCCUUUUAGAAGAUCUGAACCAGGUGAUUGAGAACAGGAUGGAGAAUAAAAUUGCCUUCAUCCGUCAGCAUGCCAUUCGGGUACGCAUUCAUGCUCUCUUGGUUGAUCGCUAUUUGCAGACCUACAAGGACAAAAUGACUUUCUUUAGUGAUGGAGAGCUGGUCUUCAAGGACAUUGUGGAGGAUCCAGAUAAGUUCUACAUCUUCAAGACCAUUCUGGCAAAGACCAAUGUCAGCAAGUUUGAUCUUCCCAAUCGAGAGGCCUAUAAGGACUUCUUUGGCAUCAAUCCUAUCUCCAGUUUCAAGCUGCUCUCUCAGCAGUGCUCCUACAUGGGAGGGUGCUUUCUGGAGAAGAUUGAACGGGCCAUCACCCAUGAGCUACCCAGUCUCUUGGGAAGCAUUGGGUUGGGGAAGAAUCCAGGUGCUCUCAACUGCGACAAAACAGGGUGUGGUGAAACCCCAAAGAAUCGCUAUAGGAAACCUUAAUGCUGUGGAGUUUAACUGGUUCUUGUGUUUCUAUUGGUGAAUGAGCUUGUGUCUUAUGUGUAUGAGAAGCCCCGGUUUAUUAACCCUUUGAGCCAAACUGGCAAGAGCUAUUGUACAAUGGAGGGCUUGGAGUUAAUGGAGGCCAAUCAUGGGGCAAUGUGCAAGGGCCUAGUAAAGAGAAUGGAAACUGUGAAUUAGAGACCUUUUUGUAUUUGCUAUUUCAAUUAGGAGGCCCCAUUUUCCCUAUGAGCAAAACCAGAAAAUUGUGAAGUAGGGUAUAGUUGCUUUCCCUUGGCACUGACUUGGAGGGUCAGAGGACAGUUGGCAUACACUGAAAAAAAGUUGGGAUUAAAAUACAAUAGAAGCAAUUAAGAUUCCUUUUCCUGAAAAACUGGGGAGAGUGAGAAUAGGGGCUAGAGAAGGGGAUCCAUGACCAGAAACCUUGCCCCCAAGCCAACUCCAGGACUUGGCUUGAAGGUCAAAUACUGGUUUUUUUUUUCCCUCUAUCCUGACCUUUUCAUCAUCAGUCUUAAAAUUCAGAAGAAAUAUCACCUUUUUUUUUUUUCUGGCAUCAGGAAGUAUAGAUACCUGGUGACCAACUUUUGGGUUGGCUGUGGGCAGGAGGAGGACAUUCAAGGUCUAACCCCUUAAGGAGUUUGAAUACAAGGAUUGAUUCCAUGUUCAAACUCAACUCCAGAACCUGUUAUCUCUUCCUUUGGGCCUUUCAUUCACAGAUUCUUUGGGUACCUCAUGAGGGAAUAGGAGUUCCCUAGGAUAGCUGAGGAUUAGAUCAUCCCUUCCUCAGGGACAAACUGCUUCUCAAUAUAGCUCACUGCCCAGGCCCACUGUGAAACCUAGUUUUUCUAUCAUGCUAGAGGAGAGAAUAGGCAUUCAGUAUAUGCGAGUAGUUUGCUUCAUGUCAUUCUUGGACUACCAGUCAAGCGAAAGCAUGAGUAGAGCUCAGAGGGUUAAUAGGUUUGCAGU